GAAGUGACGCAUCUUUCCGGGAAGGGCGGUGCAGAACCCGGAAGCGCCAUGGGAUGCGAUGGCGGCACCAUCCCCAAGCGGCACGAGCUGGUCAAGGGGCCCCGCAAAGUCGAGAAGGUUGACAAAGUUGCUGAGUUGGUGGCCMGGUGGUUCUACUGUGCCCUGAGCCAGGAGAAGCUGCGUCGGCCCAUCGUGGCCUGUGAGCUGGGCAGGCUGUACAACAAAGAUGCCAUCCUUGAAUUUUUGUUGGACAAAUCCCCKGAUAAAACUCCCAUGGAAUCUGCAUCCCACAUCAAGAGCAUCAAGAAUGUGACAGAGCUGAACCUGGCGGAUAACCCAGCCUGGAGUGGGGAUAAGGAGAGCAUCAAAGGGGACAAAUACGAUGAUCUGCAGUGUGCACGCUUCAUCUGCCCCGUGGUGGGGCUGGAGAUGAACGGGAGGCACAGGUUUUGCUUCCUGAGAAACUGUGGCUGUGUGUUCUCUGAACGAGCUCUCAARGAAAUCAAAUCAGAAGUUUGUCACAAGUGUGGUGUYCCCUUUCAAGAGGAAGAUGUGAUUGUCCUUAAUGGCAGUAAAGAAGAUGURGAAAUUCUGAAGAAAAGGAUGGAGGAGAGAAGACUUAAAAGUAAAUUAGAAAAGAAAUCAAAGAAAGGCAAAUCAGCAGCAGCAGCAGCAGCUUCUCAGCAGGAAACCUCUGCAGAUUCUCCAGGCCCCUCAAAAGUUAAGAAUGACAAGGAUUGUGUCAGUUCCAGCUCGGGGGAAAACAGGCAGAUUAUCUUCACCAAAAGUUCAGAGAAUGGAAAUCCAUCAGUCCCAGGAAAAGUCAAUAAAGCUUCUUCCAGCAGCAGCACCACCAAGAGAUCCAUUGCAGACAGCGAGGACAAGUCUGAGGCUUACAAAUCUAUUUUUACAACUCACAGCUCAGCAAAACGUUCCAAGGAGGAGUGUUCCAACUGGGUUACUCACACAGCUUACUAUUUCUGAAACAAUGAGGAGCCUCAGUGGAGCAUCCAUUGCUGCUCUGCUCCCCCAGGCCGUGCUCUGUACCUCUGAUACAGAACUUUGUGGUGAUCUGAUCCUAAUCUGCAGUUACUCACUGUGUAAGUUGGUUGUAAACCUGUUCAUAGCUGAUGAACCUGGUGGUAAAUAAGGAGUACACCAGCAGAAUCCACGUGGUAGCAGCAGAUCUCGCUCUGAAAUGUUGGAUUUUUUGCACACAAAUUCUCCUUUUCUCUUCCUGUUGGCACCUUCAGUCACAGUGGCUGUGUCCUCAGGAGAAGUUUCUGUUCUCCUCUUACUGAUUUGUGUCACCACUGGAAUUGCAGUUAUUACUACAGAAUUCAAACCCUCUGUAACUUCAUGACAGCAAAAAGAGAAAUAAUGCUCUUUUGUUUCUCAAGUAUAUAUUUCUAAAAAGUUCUGUAGGUAUUUUAAAAUAUUUUACCUUUUGACAAUAGAUGAGAGCACAUACAUGAAAAAGCUUGUGCAACAUUCUUAUCCAUGUUGUAGCCCGUUUUUAACAGUAGAAUAUUCCCUUGUUAAUGUUGGAAUCCAAUAAUUCCUGCCUGGAAUGACCAGAGGGAGGGGGAAAAGUUUUUCACUUUCCUCUCUCCCUCUUCUAAAAUUGAAAUCUGCUUUUCUAAUCUUGGCACAAUCUAACCAGAAKAGAAAUGCAGAAAGUAGGAGGCUUUAAAAACCACGGCCUGAUGUUACCUUGUUACCUUUGUGUGUGAAAAUGAUUAAUUAUCCUCAUAAUUUAUUUUUUAAAGUGUCCCCAUUUAUAAUUGGCAGUAGUUAGCUGGAGAUUCAAAUGCUGUGUUGAUAUUUGCAUAGGUGGUCUCYGUGAUUCAAACAUGCUGAAUGAAARUGCUGGGAUUUCAUUAUUAUUUUGAUAGGUGUAAUUAAAAAUUGGCUUGCUGURGGAUUUAUAUGGUGGUAAGAAUUUUUGUUUUCCAGAGAUGUGAACGCACAUCAAACAGUUUGAGGUUUGCUGGAGCUUCCAGGAAGCAUUCAGCCACAUUUUGUAUGCAUGGCUGGGAAUCAGCUUUGUUCUCCUUGUUCUGUAUUCUUCUCAUUAUUAUCCUUUAUUAUUUGUUGCUUGCAGAUAAUGAACAAGGUGUCCCAUGGCAGGCCUUUGAUUUGCAAUUUAAUUCUGUUKGAAAGCACAUGUUAGUGUUUUAUAGGACUACACUUUUCUUCUGGUUAUAAAUCCUAAAGGAAAUUAAUUUCAUGCUUUCGUUUUAGCUGUUACUUUGCUAAAAAAUACACAAGGAAACACAAUAAGCAGUUUUGCUUCUCUUUUCUCAGUGAUAAAUCAGACUGUUGGUCACAGGUUUUCCUGCCYUUUGGGCCAUAAUAGUGACUCUUUUUUUAACUCUGCUCUGCUCAUCUUUAAGAACAAAUCAUUGACUCCUUUUUCCUCUACCCCUGGGUUUGUUAUCUCCUGCCAGGGUUGUGUCCAAUAUUCCACCAUCCCCUCGUGGUGGACAGAGCUCUUCAGACGUUUAUGAUUUAUAGAAGUGUUUUCAGUGGGGGCUUUUCCUUCUCUUUACAAAACUCCAGCUGGGAAGGAAUGUGAAAUCUUGCUGGCAUGUGAAAUCUUGCUGGCACAGAUCAGUUUUUUCCUGUGAUGCAUUUCUUGCCCGAGUUGGUGCCCAGCAGAGGAGCCCAAAGUGCCACUUGUGCCAUUGGCAGCCCGGGAUGGGCAGUGGGCACUGGAACGUUGACUUGGCAACUUUUAAUGGAUUCCAGGCAAUAGUUUGCUGGAGGAUCUUUGCUUUGUUGUGGUUUGCUUUUUUUGUUGGAGAUGGCAAUUUAAUUUUCUUUUAAUGUAGGUGAAUUUGAAUGCUGGUGAAAGUUGAGAGCUGCAGAAGUUUUUGGAUCUGAAAUCUGUGUUUUUUCACAUGCCACACGAGUCUCUCGCAGCACUGCACCCAUGGGGCUGUUCURGGGAAUUCAUGGGACAGUUGGUUUUGUUUCCAUGCUGUUCAAGCCUUGGGUUCUCUUCUGGAAAGCCUCAAAAAGGAUCCAGUUAGUGGCWGUUGUGUAACAGGGGCUGUUUUUGUGGUGUCAACCUGCCCACUGGGGACUGGGCUGAAAUGCAG